CCAGCAGGCUCUCCCUGGGUCAGUUGCAAAGUAAAAAGCUCAGAGGAUUUUCAGAAUCUGCUGGCCCAGCAGGUAAUGUUCCGGCUGAUUCGAGAUGUCCAAGCCUUCUCGCUUGGCUAGACCGUUCUCAGCUAAUGCAGCUUCUAAGCUGCCAUUAUCCAGGAGGGACGAGCAGGACAGCAGGCAGAAAAAACCCAAUUUAGGGGAGAAGAAUUUGAAAAUUGGAAGUGAAGGAAAUCUGGGCAAACAGCAGCAGGUGCAAACAGCAGCCACGAGCGCUCCAGGCAAGCCUCCUUCGCGCAAAGAUCAGGGGAAAAGCAAUCUGCAUGUGACGUCAUCUGAAGAUGCAGGAUGUCUCCGAACCAAGGACCGCCUUGCUAAUGGAAACAGUCGUCUCUCGGUUUCCAAGUCUUCCCGCAAUAUCCCAAGGAGACACACCGUAGGUGGGCCCCGUAGUUCCAAAGAGAUACUGGGAAUGCAAACAUCUGAGAUGGACAGGAAGAGAGAAGCUUUCCUGGAACAUCUGAAACAGAAAUACCCUCACCACGCUACAGCUAUCAUGGGUCACCAAGAAAGGCUGAGAGAUCAGACGAGAAGCCCAAAGCUUUCUCAAAGCCCUCAACCGCCCAAUUUGGGAGACCAGGCUGAGCAUCUGUCAGAGGCAUCUGCUGAUUCUUUGGAAGCCAUGUCAGAGGGAGAGUCACCUACUCCUUUUUCCAGAGGCAGCCGUACACGGGCAAGCCUUCCUGUGGUGAGAUCAACCAACCAGACAAAGGAGAGAUCUCUGGGUGUUUUAUAUCUUCAGUAUGGAGAUGAAACCAAGCAGCUUAGAAUGCCGAAUGAAAUCACAAGUGCGGACACAAUCCGUGCCCUCUUCGUAAGUGCCUUUCCUCAGCAGCUCACCAUGAAGAUCCUGGAGUCUCCAAGUGUGGCGAUUUACAUCAAAGAUGAAAGCAGAAAUGUGUACUAUGAAUUAAAUGAUGUAAGGAACAUUCAGGACAGGUCCUUCCUUAAAGUUUACAACAAGGAUCCUGCACAUGCAUUCAAUCACACACCCAAAACUAUGAAUGGAGAUAUGAGGAUGCAGAGAGAAAUUGCUUAUGCAAGAGGAGAAGGUCCUGGUGCCUCUCGCCCAGGAUCCACAGCUCAUCCACCCCAUGCAAUUCCAAAUUCACCACCCUCUACUCCCAUACCACACUCUAUGCCUCCUUCCCCUUCCAGAAUCCCAUAUGGGGGUGCUCGCACAAUGGUUGUUCCUGGCAAUGCCACUAUUCCGAGAGACAGGCUCUCCAGCAUGCCAGUUUCAAGAUCCAUCUCCCCAAGCCCAAGCGCCAUUUUGGAAAGAAGAGAUGUAAAGCCGGAUGAAGACCUAAGCGGCAAGAGCAUUGCCCUGUUCAGAAAUGAAGGUCUAUAUGCCGAUCCAUUCCUUUUUCAUGAGGGACGAAUGAGCAUAGCUUCCUCACAUGGCGGACAUCCCCUCGAUAUCCCAGAUCAUGUCAUUGCCUAUCACCGCACAGCAAUUCGAUCUGCGAGUGCUUACUGUAACCCCUCUCUGCAAGCUGAAAUGCAUUUGGAGCAGUCACUGUACAGGCAGAAAUCAAGGAAGUAUCCAGACAGCCAUUUGCCUACAUUGGGCUCAAAAACACCGCCAGCCUCUCCCCAUCGAGCUGCUGACAUCAGAAUGAUCGAUAUGCUCCCUCAUCAUAAUGCCCACAUACCACCUCAUGCCAUACAGCCAGAUCGGGCCUCUCCCAGCCGCCAGUCAUUUAAAAAGGAACUGGGAACCACAUUAUAUAUAGAAAAGCCACGGAACCCUCCCGUAUUAACAGGCAUGGUGGACAUGGGCCCAUCACUGACAGAGAAGCAAAUGUUUGCCUAUAGCACCAUGACAUCACCCAAAGACAAGGAGACAAGAGAGAGGAUGCAAGCCAUGGAGAAACAGAUUGCCAGCUUAACUGGUCUUGUUCAGUCUGCGCUUUUUAAAGGGCCAAAUACAAGUAAUAGCAAAGAUGCUUCUAGUGAGAAGAUGAUGAAGACUAUGGCCAACAAGAGCGUACCAGAUGGUGCAGGAACCCCUCAUGCUUCUGGUGGGAAGACUACUUUAGCCUCCCAGGAGCCCAGUGUCCUCUUCAGUCAGCCCCCCCCGGCCGGCUCAACAGCAAUCCAGAUGAGCCUGUAUGACAUGAGGCGAAAUGUGUCUGAACUCCGGCUCCAGCUCCGUCAGAUGAGGGAACUCCAGCUGCAGAAUCAGGAGUUGCUGAGGGCAAUGAUGAAGAAGGCUGAGCAGGAAAUCAAUGGCAAAGUGAUUGAAGCUCUGAAGAGGCUUGAGGAUCCCGUGCAGCGGCAGCGCCACCUGGUGGAGCAAGAGAGACAGAAGUACCUUCACGAAGAGGAAAAAAUUGUCAAGAAGUUAUGUGAGCUAGAAGAUUUUGUUGAAGAUCUGAAGAAGGACUCCCACUCGGCUGGCCGUGUGGUCACACUGAAGGAUGUGGAAGAUGGGGCUUUCCUUCUUCGACAAGUGGGCGAAGCUGUGGCCGCCCUGAAAGGAGAAUUUCCAACCUUGCAGAAUAAGAUGCGGGCUAUUUUGCGUAUCGAAGUGGAGGCUGUGAGAUUUCUGAAAGAGGAACCCCACAAACUGGACAGCCUCCUCAAGAGGGUCCGCAGUAUGACUGAUGUGUUAACGAUGUUAAGAAGACAUGUCACUGAUGGACUUCUAAAAGGUGCUGAUGCCACCCAAGUAGCACAAUAUGUCGCCAUGGAAAAAGCAACAGCAGCAGAAAUCCUGAAAAACCAGGAGGAGUUGGCCUACACCCACAGCUCCCCACCCCAGAGCACAACAGGAGGGAGUGGAGAGCCUCAGACUUCAUCUAUCAAGUCAGAAAUGGUGCCUGUGUCCACCAUGACCGUCCACCAUGCACAAAGCUCCCCGGUUGUCAUUCAUCAGUCACAGCAUUCCUCCGCACUGGUCAACCACACUCAGAACUUGCCCGGGGGGACGGGUCAUCACCCAGCCAGCCCUCCAGGCACUGUGCAAGAGUCUACCACCACCACCCAGCCAGUGCAGACUCCCCAGUCCCCACCACCUCCCACCAAUGGUUCCACCAUGCAGAGUAUGUUCAUUGAAGAAAUUCACAGUGCAAGCAACCGGAACCGCGCUGUGUCGAUAGAGAAGGCAGAAAAAAAGUGGGAAGAAAAAAGGCAAAACCUGGACCACUAUAAUGGAAAAGAAUUUGAAAAGCUCCUAGAAGAAGCUCAGGCCAACAUCAUGAAGUCCAUCCCCAACCUAGAGAUGCCACCAUCUUCUGUUCCUUCGCCAAAGGGGGAGACUCCAGUGGACAAACUAGAACUUUUAGAAGAAUCUCCAAAUGGGGAACAGGAUUCGGACAAACUGGGAGGGAAGUCCCCACCUCCACCACCUCCUCCUCCCCGAAGAAGCUACCUUCCAGGAUCUGGGCUGACUACCACGCGAUCUGGAGAUGUGGUCUACACUGUCAGGAAAGAGAAUGCAACCACUAAGGAAAGCAGCGAAGAUACUGGACCAACACCACCAACUAAGGUCACGAAAGGUCCACAAGAGGAGCAAGGGUUAGCCCGGUCCCAACCUCCACCACCUGCUGCAGUUUCCUCCUCAAAGGAUGAGGAAGAAGAAGAAGGAGAAAGAAUAAUGGCUGAAUUACAGGCAUUCCAGAAGUGCCCCUUAAUGGAUGUAAAUUCAAACAGUCCUGUUGAGCAGGCCCGAACUGACAGUCAAGUUAAAGACACUAGGCCCGGGGCCAUUACUCAACCCAAGGAAAGGAAGAAUUUGGAAUUUUUCCAAGAAGACUUACGGAAAUCUGAUGUUGCAUAUGAAAAUGGCCCCCAUAUGGAAUCCCGAAUGGUGUACGAUGUUACUACAGGGAUUCUAAAAGCUAGUGACCUUCCUAAGGACAGUUGGGAAAGAAAAGCUGAAAAUAAUGUUUCUGAUGAACCAGGGCCAUCAGAAAGUGAAGCUGGCAACUUAAUGAAGGAAACGGCUGCCUCCAACAGGAGUUUGUUUAGAGACAGUAAAGACUAUUCCCAGAAAAAUGUAUCUGUCUGCCCAAGUCUCUCUGGAAUUGGCUUAUCAGAAAAUGAAGCAAGCAAAGGUCCUCAGGUCUUAGGAAUGCAAUAUACCAUAGUUAAAACUGAGAAUCAGAAGGUGAGUUAUGGAAAAUUAAAAGAGAGGGGUCAACAAGAACCCGAAAACCUUGAUAAAUCUAACCUGGCUACUCAUAUGGAUACAGUCCAACUGUGUGAUAAUAAUCAUGCAGGAGAUUCAAAGUCAGCUUCAGACCAAGAAGCACACAUGUUUGACUAUGGCCAAGUUGUGCUAAGAUCUAAGGGAGCUAAAAAUACCAAUGGGGGCUUCAGUGAGGAUGGAGAAGCAGUAGCAAGUUCUCCAACAGAAGACAGUCCAUCCACCGACAACAUUGCUUUUAUGAUCACUAAAACGGCUGUCCAGGUGCUAUCAAGUGGAGAGGUUCAUGACAUAGUGAGCAGAAAGGGAGGAGAUGUACAAACAGUUAAUAUUGAUGCCAAGAAAGAAGUGAUCGCCCAACAAGAAGGUACAGAAAAUGAAGAACCAGUCGUUUGUUUAGAUAAGAAACCAGUCAUCAUUAUUUUUGAUGAGCCCAUGGAUAUUCGAUCUGCAUAUAAGAGACUCUCGACUAUAUUUGAGGAAUGUGAUGAGGAAUUAGAACGGAUGAUGACAGAGGAAAAGAUUGAGGAGGAAGAAGAGGAAAACGAAGAACCGAGGAACGCUUCUCAAAUGCCUUCAAACAGCCUAGAUUCAAAUCAGUUGACCAGUAUAAGAUCAGGACAGAAGCCUGAGGGUAUACUUAGGGCCCAGUCACAUUUGGCAGAAACCAGAAUACCAAGAGGACCAGAGUUGAGCCAGCCAGAGCUGAACCAAGAUAGUGGUGCUUAUUCCCCAAAUUCUGAUGAAAGGGCUGACCUUACAGAGGACCAGUUUGAAAGUCCUAAGAAAAAGUUUAAAUUCAAGUUUCCUAAAAAACAGCUGGCUGCUCUAACCCAAGCCAUCCGGACAGGAACCAAGACAGGGAAGAAAACGUUGCAGGUGGUGGUUUAUGAGGAAGAAGAAGAGGAUGGGACUUUAAAGCAACACAAAGAAGCUAAGAGGUUUGAAAUUUCAAGGUCUUUAUCUGAAGAAACUCCUAAAAAUACAAGUAGAAAGCCAGAGCAACCCAGCCUAGAGAUCUCAAAGCCAGCUUCUAGAACUGAUGAAAUUCGAAAAAACACCUACAAAACACUGGACAGCCUUGAGCAGACCAUUAAACAACUUGAAAAUACUAUCAGCGAAAUGAGCCCCCGAGCUUUAACCGAUACCCCGUGUGCUUCCCAUCAAGACUCUGUAACAUAUUCAUCCCAUGUCGCUCAAGAGUCCUCACCCAGAAACCCGGUAAUAAUGGAAGAAAUAUCUGCCACUGUAGAACCCCCUACAUCAAUACCUUCAGCCUCACGUAAGGGCUCUAGUGGCACGCCACAGACAAGCCGGAUGCCAAUCCCUAUGAGUUCCAAGACUAGACAAGGAAGCACGGAUAAGCCAAGCAAACAACCCAAGCUACAGGACCCCCGCCAAUAUCGACAGGCUAAUGGAAGUGCUAAGAAAGCUGGUGGGGACUGGAAGGCUACUUCCCCUUCCUUACCCGCUUCUAAGAUUCCGGCCUUUUCUCCCAGCUCUGGGAAAAGCAGUUCUAUGCCCGCUUCUAGUGGUGAUACUCCCAAUCCCCCUAAUCCACCUACUAAAUCAUCCAUUCCUUCCUCUAACCUUCUCAGCCCCCAAACAGGUCGCACUGCUUAUUCUUCUUCCCAUAUCCCUUCUGUCUCUAAUGGCUCCUUAAAAUUUCAGAACCCUACUCACACAGGUAAAGGUCACCAUCUCUCAUUCUCACCACAGACUCAAAAUGGCCGGCCAUCCCCUCCUUCUUCCUCCUCUUCUCCCCCUUCCCCUGCCUCUCCCACUUCACUGAAUCAAGGUGUGAAGAGCAUCAGGACAAUCCAUACCCCUAGCUUCACCAGCUACAAGUCACAGAAUGGAAAUCCAAGCAAAGCUACCCCAUCCACAGCCAAGGAGACCUCUUAAAGGCUGAAUGCUAAUUGGUGCAAAUUCACCCAGGUUAAUGUUUAAAACAUGAGUUGGCUACAACUGUUUUCGCAGGAGAAUGUAACAUUUUGUUGUAUCGUUUGAGGCUCGAUGCUAAAUAUGUACUAAAUACUGAACUAAUUGAUUUGAGUAAAGCUGUUUUUUUUUAAACUUUGUUGCUGUUGUAAUUAUAUAACAUUUAUUGUCUGUAUUCAGCACCUGUUAAGUACAGUGAACAUGCGUUAAGAAAAAAAAAAUGUUAGACAGACAGGAGUGUGUGUGUGUGUGUGUGUGUGUGUGUGUGUGUGUGUGUGUGUGUGUGUGUGUGUGUGUAAGAGAGAGAGACAGAGUGUAUGCAUUUUAAAAACAAAAACCCUGUAUCAAGCUUGGAAAACAUGUAUGGCUUCAGACUUUUAGUAUGUUGUUUUGUACACAGAUAUUUUUCAUCAUGGAAAUUAGAAGUGAACAGAGAAAUACCCAAGUGUGACUAUACAAACUGUAAAUCUGAUACUAAAAUAUUUCCUUUUAUUUUACUGUUAUUUAGCUUUGUUACAGAUUUCUAUUUUUGUCAGAAUUUCACUGUUCCUUUCAAAAUCUUUUUGCCAAAACCUUUUGAUACUAUAGUAAUGUACAUUUGAGAGAAGUAUGUUGGACACUUGAGCUUCCACACAGAGAUACCAGGCGUCAUGUGUAGGGGGCAAUCUAACGCACCUAUUGCACUGCCAUUAGGGUUAUGUAUAAUAAUUUGCCAAUCCAAGAAAAAAUGAUUUUUUUGUUUUUGCAUUUGCUAAUUCUUUUCUUUGCAAAGUGUAAUCCCCCCCCCUCCCCUUUGAGUUUGUUUUAACAGAGACCUGGUAACCCACACUGUACAGCAUUGUGGAUUUUAAAAUGUACACUUCUGUAUUUUCUGUAAACUGACAAACUUUUGUACAUAUAUAUAUAUAUAUACAUAUAUAUAGAUCUAUUAAAAAUACUGUAUGUGGCUGAGCACAUAGAGUAGUUUUCCCACACCAAAGUUAAUUUUUAUGCAUGCUUUGAAAAUAUAGAGGGAAUGGGCAGGUAGCUAUCCAUAAAUGGGAAGGUAACUAUCCAUAAAUUUAAAAAAAAAAAGCCAAUUCAUUUGCACAGCUGGAUUGGUUUGUUUUUUUUUUUUUUUUGUAAAUAAAUGUAUUUGUAUAACACAAUAAUGUAUUAUACAGAACUAUCAGCAGAGUACUUUGCAAAACUAAAUAAAAGGGCCGCAUGCUUAUAUUUUUGUAUUUCAUCACUCAAACUGCUUUUUCCCAAUCAUAAAAAAAGCAGAACUGAAGGUAAUUCCAGGUUUAAACAUAUUCUCACCUAGUCAAGGCAACCCUCCACAGUGCAUCCGUCUGACGUUAGUGCUUUUUUGCAAGACCCCAGUUGCGAGUUCUCCAUGAAUGGUUUCUUAAUGAAUUCCCCAUGACUUCAUUGCAAGCGUGGUAUUUUAAUAUCUAGUCUGCCCUUUGUGUGGAGAGUCUGUGAAAUAACCAGUUUGAUCUGUCUGCUGAUCGGCAUUUGCAUAUGAAAAUUAAGUCUGGAUAUAAGGCACGCAAUCUCAUUUACCUGAGGGAAUAUUGUCACUGUUUUUUUGACCUCCAGUAGAAGUGAAGUAAAAAAAAAUAAUA